CUUGCGCGGCACGGCGAUCGCGUAUGUUGUGUAUGCGCGUUUCUCGUGCGUGACUCUGCGCACAAACGUUUUGCCGUCGACGUGUCGUGUCGUAACGUCGUUCGUUCGCGAGUGUGUGUAUUUAUACAUAUGUGUAUGUGAGUGCGCGCAAUAUUAAAGUCGUUCACGCGCCCGCGCACCAUCGGAACGAGCCUCUAACCUCAAAGCGCGCCGCCGCCGUCGAGAUCGCGACGCAACCUGGAGUCGACAACCCGGGUCUUCAUCGCAUGAUCCCGCACGGAUGAUCCACGGAUGAUCCAACAUGGCGUCGACCGAUCUGUCGUUCGGCUCUAUACCGGCGUUCUACAGAGAGGUCUACGAGAAGAUUUGCUCGCCCACCAACGGAAACGUCAAGCUCGAGGUGUUCCGGUCCCUCCUCGUCAAGUCGCAGCUAAACGGUUCCGUCGUUAGUCAGAUAUGGAAACUGGUAGACAGCAAGACGGGUUAUCUUACGAGAAGUGGACUUUACAAAGGACUUGCUCUCGUCGCCUUCGCUCAACAAGGGAAGCAACCGAGCGAUAAGCUGUUGGAAAAUUCUGAAUCUCAAGAAUUACCCGUGCCCGUCCUGGGCGAUCUGUCGGAAGUAACAUUACUGGCGCAGAGGCUGCACAGAGGCAAUCCCGCCAAGCUGAGUCACACAUACUCAGAUAUCUGUAAUCUCGACACUAUCGAGGUCAACCUCGUUCCCGAGAAAAAGGGUAUCUUCUUGAAGCACGUGGAAUAUCAAGUCACUAGUAAGAGGUUCAAUUCUGUGGUCUACAGACGUUAUAAUGACUUCGUGUCGCUGUACGAUCUCCUCUUGGCCCGGUUUCCUUACAGAUUGAUACCGAAAUUACCACCAAAGAAGAUCGUGGGAGCGGACUCGCAAUUUCUCGAGGAAAGGCGGCGUUCUCUAUUGCGAUUUCUUACGCUGAUCGCUCGCCAUCCGGUGGUGAGCGGGGACCCGAUUGUACAGUUCUUCUUCACGUUUACCGGCGACGAGACGCAGCAUAAGAUACGCGAGGUAUUUAGACGCGUGCCGGACGAAUUCGCGACGUCGGAACUGUCAUCCAGAGCGAAGGAGCUGCUGCCGCCCGAGACGUUGACCGAGUUCGCGAACAGCCGCGAUCAGAUACGCGUCAUACUUUUCGGGAUCUCGCGGCUGAAGCACAUCGCCGACAAUCUGGCAAUCAGAUCGCACAAUUACGCCGUGGACAUGGCCGAGCUCGGCAAUCAGCUGAGCACUUUGGCAGCGGAACAACACGGCACCGGUACCUGGGUCACCGGCGGUUCCAGUCUCUGGCAAGAUAUGAAGAAGGGCUUUCAUGUAAUCUCAAAAGAAUUCAACCUGCUGUCAAGCAGAGCUCUCCAACAGGCGGUCAGAGAGGAGACCAUGGUUUGCGAGAGAUUGAAUCUCCUGCUCGAUAUUUUAGUCGCGCACAGAAUGCUGUGCGAGAGACACGAGCGAGGUGUCAACGCCGAUCAUCAACGCGCCCUGUCUACUAUGUUGUCUCUCAAGAAGCGGCAGACAGGCGUUAUUCGUGGAACCGACGCCGACACCGUCGAGUACCUCGAGAACAAGAUGGUCUCCCAGGAAUCGGUGAUCGCCAACGUCGAGCUGAGAAAUUGCUUCUCGUUGCUCUGCCUGCAAAUGGAGACUCAGCUCGUCCACGCACAUUUAGAGAUACUCGCAACCGUCUUACAGAGCCUCGUGAGCGUACAAAUCCGCGGACAUUCCGAGUUGGCUGAAGUGUGGAAACUAAUCGAACCGACGAUUACUAAGUGUUUACCCGAGAAGUUGGCAAGCGGAUCCAACGAAGGAUAGCAUAGCAAAGUUUCGUGUUUGUCCCAGCAGAUCAUGUGCUGUCAAUAAUUGAUAACCGAAACUUGUAUACAAAUUUUAAUAAACAUACACGGUGCAUAUAUAUUAUGUGAUUGUCGAAAGAAGGAAAAAGAAAUGUAAGAAAAUCUCUAAUUUGUCCAGUGACUUUGUAGAUUGCAUUUACGCAAAUAUUAAUAUGAAUUUUAUAUGUUAAUCGAUAUAUAAAAUUAUAUAUAUAUACGUACAUUCUCUCUUGUACUAUUUUGUAUAUUGCUUAGUUGUUUAUAUGUACCAUCGAUAUUUUUACUAGAUAUUUAUCUUUUAUAAUUAUAUAACGACAAGAAUCUCGAAUAUGUAUAGCGCGUUCAAUUUCCAGACAUUCCUUUUUGUUAUGUACUUAAUAUAUUUUAUGAAUUAAUGAA